ACCACCAAGGACACUGAAUAUGAUGUCGAUAUGGAAAUAGGGCAUUGCUCUUGUCCUGCUGGCAAAACAGGGGGCCCCUGCAAACAUCAGGCAGCAGUCAUAAAACAUUUCAAUGUUUCAUCAACAAAUUUCGUCCCGGUUGAUGACCCGCAGACGAGACUGCUUCUCUACAAGAUCGCAACAGAUGAUCUUCUGGCCCAGUUCAGAACAAUGUGCCAGGAGCUAGAAUUAAAGUUGGAGACGUCUCCGGACAUUUUCAUACCAGCAACCACAGCAAUGGUUGAAAGCUUUAGUCGGAUGAAGACGGACACCACUCUUGUAUCUGCCAUGCAUUCAUUUGGCAAGUAUGCUGGGGCAGCCAGGGCCUUAACAAAAAAAGGAAAAAAGGCCGAUAUGAAGCGCUUUCGCCUGAGCGGGAGUAAACACAUUGGUGUGCAACCAACAGCAACUGCUAGACGUAGAAGCCACAUGGGAAGGGGAGGAGCAAGGCUUCAUGCUGGUCGGCCAUCGAAAUCGUCCAACGUUCCAGAGCACGGCUACUCCAACAGCCAGCCAUCGCAGUCUUCUGCUGUGCUCCCUCUGCCACGUAGGCAAAGAGCCCCAGCACCACACAAUUUAAGUUAUGCUGUCGCCAAUAACCGAAGUCUUGGAAAAACUCAUAGUUCCAAAUGAAUUAGAGAAUUAUGAUGAUAUACAAAUAUACAAUGCAUUUUGAGGAUCUAGCUAAAACUAUGAGUUAAUGAAGAGGGAUAAAUUGUAACUAACCCAAGGGAAUAUUUUUAACAAUUUUCUAUACCCCAGGCUUGCUGAGGGUAUAGUAAAUUUGAUAAAAAUUUGCCUCGAGGGAAAGUUGUAGUUAUCCCUCUGAAUGCUCAUAGUUUGCUAGAUCCAAGAAAUAAUUGUGUAUUCAUUUUUAUAUCCCUCAUGAUACAAUAGUUAGUUGAAUAUCAAAACUGUCAGAACUGUCAAAAAACAACAUUAUAAGUCAUGCAAGAACUGUAAUGUCAACAUCAAAACUAAUUAAAGAUUGAUUUUGCUGCACAAGCCGUGAUGUAUGGUUUUUUAUAUGUUUUUUUAAAAGAUACGGAAGAAGCAGUGAUCAUAAAUGUACUACGUAUUAUUAACACUAUCAAACUCUGGGGCUUGCACGAAGAUCUGUGCGAUUAACAUGUAUUUCAACAUGUUCAAUGGAAAAUAAUGGUUGUUUGUAAGGUCAAACGCAGAGCAUAAGAAGCCAGUAUUUCAUGUGCCAAUUUUAAAUCAAUUUCAAGAUUGUAUAUAAUUAUGCUAAGUGGUACUACUCGCAAUAUGCAGUGACUGGUAUGUCGAUUCUCUUCAAAUUGGCAAUUUUACGCAUUGCAGAGAUCUCAAAAUCGGGGAGAAAGUUUUUCUCCCGCUCUCAAAUUUCAUUAGUGAAACUAUGCCUUUUUCGUGCCGUGUACAAUCUCAAUGUGAAUGAUGCACAUGAGGGAUACAAAACAGUGUAUUCCUGUUAUUUUGAGCAAAUAUAUAAUGAGAUGUUGAUAUGACAAUAUGAAAGUCCUUAUCAUCUGGUUAUUAUAGGAGUGGAUUGUACAGGUAAUGAUAACAAUAAUACAAAUUUAUAUACACUGACACAAACUAGCCUAUAAAAUGAUCUUUCCGAUUGUAAUUACAAAGACAUCCAUGUAUUUUCACAAUCUCAUUUAAGUUUUGGAUAUGGUCGUAGAGAUGUCCAUCUAUUUCUGAUGACUUUUUAUAUGGGCUAGUAGGAAAUCAGAAAUUUUGUAAACACUUGAAGUUUAUAUCAUCUAGAAUCAAUAGUUAAUAUUGUGUUGACGCUGGACGGUGUUUAGUUCAAAAAUAAUAAUUGAAUUUAUCUGUUGAGGACAGUUAAACAUAUUAUGAGACUUCCGUUUCCAUGAAGAUAUUUAAAUCUCUUAAAAUUACAAAUCUCUUAUUAUAUGGCUAGAAGUUUUGUAUACGAGUGGUUUUAUCGCAUGAAUGGCGAUGCAGAACUUAAGGCCUUGGGUAACGCAUGUUAUUUACAUGCUACUCCUCACCCAGGCAAAUCGCUGUUGUGAGCUUGUAUUGUGGAUGAAACUGUCUCAGAGUGAAUGGGAAAGGAGGGAGGGAGAGUCCCAAGUCCCAUUGGCUUGUUUUAGAUCAUGUUCUAACAGAAGGGGACUGUUGUAAAAAAAUAUUAUUAUCAUUAUUAUUAUUAGGUGGG